ACCCACAGACGGUGGAGCCGGGUGCCUGGGCGGGGCAGGAUCCAGCCCCCGCCCCCAGCGCAGUUCCUGAUUCUAUAAAGGGCGCCGGGCGGCCGGGCCGCAGCAGCCGAGGCCCGGAGACCCACCGCGGCCGCGCCAUGGGUCCCGCAGGCCGGGCGGCCGUCCCCGCGCUGUUCCCGCCGCUCCCGCUGCUCCUGCUGCUCCUGCCGCCCGCGGGCUCCGGCGCCCCGGCGCGCCCGCCGCCCCACGUCGUCUUCGUGCUGGCGGACGACCUGGGCUGGAACGACGUGGGCUUCCACGGCUCGCACAUCCGCACGCCCCACCUGGACGCGCUGGCGGCCGACGGGGUGCUCCUGGACAACUACUACACGCAGUCGCUGUGCUCGCCCUCCAGAAGCCAGCUGCUCACCGGCCGCCACCCGAUCCGCACAGGUUUACAGCACCUAGUUAUCCAGACCUGUCAGCCCACCUGCCUUCCCCUGGAUGAAAAACUCCUCCCCCAGCUCCUAAAGGAAGCAGGCUACACCACCCACAUGAUUGGGAAGUGGCACCAAGGACUGUUCCGGAAAGAGUGCCUUCCAACUCGCCGAGGGUUUGAUACCUACUUUGGGUACCUCACAGGUGCUGAAGAUUACUACUCCCAUGAAGCCUGGGUCACAAUCAAGGCUCUGAAUUUCUCACGACGUGCUCUUGAUUUUAGAGAUGAUGAAGAAAUUGCAACAGGUUAUGAAAAUGUGUAUUCAGCAAAUAUAUUUGCCAAGAAGGCUAUAGAACUCAUAACUAACCACCCACCUGAAAAGCCCCUCUUCCUCUACCUUGCUCUCCAGUCUGUCCACGACCCUCUUCAGGUGCCCGAGGAAUAUGUGAAGCCAUAUGAAUUUAUCCACGAUAGGAACAGGCGCCUCUUCGCAGGAAUGGUGUCCAUUAUGGAUGAAGCCGUGGGAAAUGUCACUGCAGCUUUAAAAAGCCGAGGGCUCUGGAACAACACAGUGUUCAUCUUCUCCACAGAUAAUGGAGGACAGACUUUGGCAGGGGGCAAUAACUGGCCCCUUCGAGGAAGAAAAGGAAGCGUGUGGGAAGGAAGUGUUCGAGGAGUGGGCUUUGUGUCAAGUCCCUUGCUGAAACGGAAGGGUGUGAAGAGCCGGGAGCUCAUGGACAUGUCUGACUGGCUGCCGACUCUCGUCAAGCUGGCCCGGGGAAGCACCAAUGGCACCAAGCCUCUGGAUGGCUUUGACAUGUGGAAAACCAUCAGUGAAGGAAGCCCAUCCCCCAGAGUGGAGUUGCUGCAUAACAUUGACCCAGACUUCAUUGAGUCCGCACCCUGUCCCGGUCCCAGCAUGGCCCCAGCAGAGGGCGGUCCUUCUAUUCCAGAAUCUUCUGUCUUCAACACAUCUAUCCAUGCUGCAAUAAGAUACGGAAACUGGAAACUCCUCACAGGAAACCCAGGCUGCGAUUACUGGUUCCCUCCACCUUCUCCAAGCAAUGCCUCUGCGAUCCCUUCACCCGACCCACCAGGCAAGACCCUGUGGCUCUUUGAUAUUGAUCAAGACCCAGAAGAACUGCACGACGUGUCAAGAAAACAUCCCCAGGUUGUCCAGCAUCUGCUCGCACGCCUGCAGUUCUACCACAAACAGUCCGUGCCAGCUAACUUUCCCGCUGAAGACCCUCGCUGUGACCCCAAGGAUGUUGGGGCUUGGGGCCCUUGGAUGUAGGAUUUCAGGAAACCCAGUGCUGGGGAGAGAAGGCUAGAAAAACCUUUCUGUUGCAAGCUGGACUUCGGGCCUUUACUGCUGUUGCACUGUCUCUCAUUUCCCCUCCCGUCUGGGUCUGCUUGUCCAUUCCCUUGCUUCUCAACCACACUGAGGUGUCUAGUUUCAACCCUCCCUGGCUCAUUCAAGAAGCUGAUAUAAUUGGAAACACUCCUGCUUGAGCUUGGGCUUGUGUCCAGAGGACAGGAUGGCUGAGUUCAUCUUUUCUCUCUGAGCUAUGGGACAGCUGGGAACUAAGCUUGACAAGGGAAGUUCUCCCUGAGCCCUGCAGCAGCUGGCCCCUUUAGUCUCCAGUGAGCAUCAAAUGGUCGUUUUCUUCCUCCCUGUGGCCAAGUUUUCUUUCUUUUUUUUUUAAUUUAAGAAAGGAGA